AUGUCGACCGACAACAACCCACAAGCAGGGAUCCCUCCUAGCGAAGGUACACCUAAUCCUAUUACUGAAGGUACUCCUACAAACAACAACACACCAACAAACACCGAGACCUUUCACGCGAUGAUGAGAAGAUCGAGUAGUCGAUUGAGAGGAGGCUCCGUGCCUCCCCCAGAUUCCGAAGUGAUCACACCUAGCUCGAUGGCAACGAUCCAGAGGGGAAGAGGACGCGGCCGAGGACGUCGUAACGUUGAAGGACCUACACGGACCGGCACAAACACGCCAUCAACGCCAGUAGUCACCCUGACAGUCCCCGACCAGACUUUGACAAGCACACCUGCUGGUAACCGGACAGCUGCGCCAACGCAAGAUAGCGCAUCGAUGAAUGCUAUUGCCCAAGGAGGCGUCGGUACCUCAGUGAUACACACCUCCACGAGAACCCCCGCCGCUGAGGGGUUGGUUUCUCGAGACGAAGUGUCUAAUGGAGCAUUGUCGAUGCCACAUAAUAUGUGUUGCCACGUACUGCGUGAAGCCUCGAAUUGA